AUGAGCCAGGCAUAUGCUGAGUAUGUGGCUGCAUGCAAGAGGAACAACGAAUCGGUGGUGCUUAUCAGGUGGCUGGCAAGUGUCACCCACCGAGUGGCUGCAGAGACCAAAUUGCAACACGAUCGAAUUCGGGCAGCCCUCUUCCUGGCCCUGGCAAGCAUGCGAAUGGUUUUCACUUCCUGUGGCCUGAUCAUGGACAAGACCUCACUCAGGAAAGUGGCAUAUCACUGCGAGGUGUACUUCGACUCCUUAUAUUGGCUGGCGAACGAGGCGAUCGGGAACAAGCAAUUGGAGCACCUCGUUCGCGACGCCGCACCGCUGCUCAACCCGAUUCAAACGUCCAACUAUAGUGAAGAGGACUUAGUUGGACGGAUGAAAAGGUUGGCCCUGACCUGCCACCCUGCUGCCUUGGGGAAAACUGCGCUCCAGCGCUAUGCUUGGCACGCCUGCGUGCGAUGGCUUUCCGAAGAGGUCGAGCCGGCGUCGCGAGCAAAAAAGGAGACCGAGAGCAGCUCUGAGGCGAAACCAAGAAUCCCAGGAGCCGAAGCACAUACUCCAGAACAGGUGGAACUGUAA